AUCGCCAGGAUGAAUCCUCAGCAGCGGAUUGCCGCUCUCGGAACUGACAAGGAAUUAAGUGACCUGCUGGAUUUCAGUGCGAUGUUCUCUCCACCUGUAGGGGGAGGGAAGAACAGGCCAACCACACUUGGAAGCAGUCAGUUCAGUGCAUCAGGUUUGGACGAGCGGACCAACCAAGCAUCUUGGGCCCCAGGUGGCGAGUCCAGUCCUUCCUAUGAGUCCUCCCGGCCCAUCUUGGCCCUGCCAAGCUCCUUCCUUCCUUCCUUCCUUCACUUCCUCAGGACUUCGCCCCCAACAAGCGACUGGCAGGGCUGUCCAGCUGUAGAGGAUCAGCUGUUGACUGAGUAG